AUGGCAGGUCUGAACGUGUCCCUCUCCUUCUUCUUCACCACCUUCACCCUCUGCGAGGCAGCCAGGAGGAUGUCCAGGGCCCUGCUCCCCAGAAAUGCCUACAACAGCUUCGUCCGGGAGGUGGUGGGUGCGGCCCAGCUUGGGGCCUGCUGCCUGGAGAUGAGGAUGUUGGUGGAGAUCGGACCCUGGCUUGGGGGCUUCGGGCCGGACCUGCUGCUGACCCUGCUUUUCCUGCUUUUCCUGGUGCACGGGGCCACCUUGGACGGCGCAUCGGCCAACUCUGCUGUGUCCUUGCAGGAGUUCCUCAUGGCUGAGGCAUCUCUGCUCAGCACACUGCUGAAGCUGGUGGCCCAGGGGCUGGGCCUGCAGGUUGCCUGUGCCCUGACCCGUCUGUGCUGGGCCUGGGAACUCAGCGACCUGCACCUGCUCCAGAGCCUCAUGGCCCAGAGCUGCAGCUCGACCCUGCGCACAUCUGUGGCCCACGGGGCACUGGUGGAGGGUGCCUGCGCCUUCUUCUUCCAUCUGACCCUCCUCCGUUUGCGGCACAGCCCUCCCACCUGCAGGGUGCCGGCCAUUGCUCUGCUGGUCACUGUCAUGGGCUACACAGCAGGGCCAUUCACGUCUGCCUUCUUCAACCCCACUCUGGCUGUCUCAGUCACCUUCCACUGCUCGGGGCACACCUUGUUGGAAUAUGUCCAGGUGUACUGGCUGGGCCCUCUCACAGGAAUGGUCCUGGCUGUCCUGCUGCAUCUAGGUCACCUUCCCCGCCUCUUCCAGAGGAACCUCUUCUACAGUCAGAAGAACAAGUACCGAAUCCCCAGAGGGAAGCUAGCCCCAGGUUCGGGAGAUAUCCAGAAACCCACAAAGGUGCACAGUGGCUGGGAGCCUGGACCCAGUGGGGUUGGGGACCACUGUUGA